AUGGAUGAUCUGACCGUGACAGGUGCUGAGACAACUGAAUGCUUGCUCCUGAGGACUUGGAAUGUACCGCUAUGCUGGGACCGCUUUACCACAAACUAUUAUCUUCCAGAUGGAUCCUACGGUUCUAUCACCACAGGAAUCUACCAUUGUGCCUCAGGCGGCUCAGCCAACCUCUUUACCGGUGACUACAGCCUUCCCAAUGGACAAUCAGGAAAUCUUUAUGGUCAAGACCCUUCAGAGCAGCCCCAUACUUCCACACUACACCUACCGACCCCUUACACAAGCAGUGGAAUAGGAUCUGCUAUUCCUGCAACAGAGGUGGGAACAGAUGCGUCAUUUCCUACACCCAAUUCCACUGGCAGUGGUUACGGACAACCACAGAAUACCACCAUUAUCGGGACUGGGACAAGUGAUGGGAACUUUCCUAUUAUCACAAAUGUUAUCAUCCCGACUGCGUCGAUCACACCCCCAAUCAACAAUACUGGAACACAGAAAACUGCAAUGUAUGGACAAAAGCUUCUAGUCCUUUUGGCAGUUGCAGUUGGCGGGGCGGCUAGACAGUUUUGA